UAUUUUCAUGAUUUCAAUUAGCCGCUUGUCAAUGCUAAGUAUUUAAGUUGUCGUUUUGAUUUAGUAUGUAUUUUAAAAACAAAUCAAGAACAUAAAUAGGACGUAAAUUUUAAAUUUUUAUUUGGUUUUUGUAUUAUAAAUUAUUAACAGAACUUGUGUAAUAGUAUUGAUAUAGUAAAAAUAAAUCAUGAAAUUAGUAAUUCCUGAAAUUUCGUGGCACAAUCGUGAUCCUGUUCUCAGUGUUCACUUCCAACCGACUUGUAAUGAUGAUUUUUAUAGAUUAGCUACAGGUGGAUCAGACUCUCAUGUUUUUAUUUGGCGCAUUAAACUUGAUGGUUCAAAUGUUAAUGUUGAGUUUGCAGCUGACUUGACUAAACAUCAGAGAGCAGUUAAUACUGUACGUUUUUCUCCUAAUGGCCAAUGGUUAGCUACAGGAGAUGAUGAAUCUGUAAUUGUUCUAUGGAAAUUUAAACCUGAAAAUGGGCCUGACCAACGACCAGAUUUGUUAGAAGACAAUGACGCAAAAGAUCUUGAAAAAUGGACAUGCCAUUGUGUUUUAAGGGGUCAUCUAGAAGAUGUUUAUGAUUUAUCUUGGUCACCAGAUUCUAAAAAACUCAUAUCUGGAGGUGUAGAUAAUAAAGCAAUUAUCUGGGAUGUUGAUAAUGGCCGAUACAAAGCAAUACUUGAUGAUCAUAAAGGUUUUGUUCAAGGUGUUGCUUGGGAUCCAUUAAAUAUAUAUGCAGCUACAUUAAGUAGUGAUCGAACUUUAAGAAUAUUUAACACUUCAAAUAAUAAAAUUAUGACCAGAUGUGACAAAGCUGUUCCUAUAGACAAAAAUAUUGAAAAAGAAGAAAUAAAGAGCAGACUAUUUCAUGAUGAUACGUUAAAGUCAUUUUUUCGUCGUAUUGCGUUUUCACCAGAUGGUCAAAUUUUAGUUACUUCAUCUGGUAUUCUAGAAUCUGUUGAUGAAGAAAACAAAACUAAACAUACCACAAAUGUUAGUUAUGUUUUUGCUAGAAAAUCAUUUUCUAAACCUGUUCUGUAUAUUCCCUCAUUGGAUCAAUUCUCAAUUGCUGUACAAUUUUCACCAAUUUUGUAUCAAUUAAAAGAUAAUACUCAAUCUGUAUUUGACUUACCGUACAGAAUGAUUUAUGCUAUUGCUACUAAUUCAAGCAUUUUGUUGAUGGACACACAGCACGCUGCUCCUUUUGCUUAUAUUGGCGAUAUUCAUUAUACACGAUUAACUGAUCUUUCGUGGUCUUCUGAUGGUCGUUUGUUAAUAGUUUCUUCAUCAGAUGGAUUUUGUUCAAUAUUAAGUUUUAGUCAAGAAGAACUUGGAAUACCAUUUACAGAAUCUAUGGAUAUUGUAACUAUGGAAAUAGAUGAAACUGCUCAAGAAAGUCAAGAAGCGAAAAAUUCACAUAAGGAAACACCAACAAAAUUUGAAGUAAAAGAAGAAAAAGAUAUUAAACAACUUAUUGACUUAUCAGAACCUCCAACAAAAAAAAGAGUACAAUUAGUUACACUUUCUAGUCCUAAAAACAAAAAACAUUUUAACAAUUAUAACACAAAUUCAUUUUCUGUUAAUCAAAAUGACAAUUUUUCGCCAAUCGGCUAUCAAAAAUCAAUAGAUGAUGUUAUAUAUUUUAUAGCUAAAAAUGCACAAGUAUUUAAGUGUGACACAUGUGAUAAACAUUAUUCAAAUAAAUUUGAUCUUAUCAAACAUGAAAGAAUUCAUACAAAAAUUUUCAACUGUUUAUUAUGUAAAAGUCGUUUUUCUAACUCUUAUGGACUUUCUCGGCAUAUGAGAACACACCGUGGAGAUAAACGCUAUCGUUGUGCGGUGUGCAGUAAAGCAUUUCAUCAACCUGGUCAUUUAACUGCUCAUGUUAGAAUACAUACUGGUGAAAAACCUUAUACUUGUGCUGUUUGUAAUAAAACAUUUGCUCACUAUUCAAAUCUAAUUACUCAUCGUAAGAUACAUGGCCAAGAUCGACCAUAUGAAUGUGAAAUAUGUGCCAAAAAAUUUGUGCGUCCCUCCAACCUAAUUGAACAUAGAAGAAUACACGGUGGCAAUAAGCCAUAUGGUUGUGACAUGUGUGAAAAUAGAUAUACUAGAAACUCUCAUUUAAUUGAACACAGAAGAAUUCAUACUGGAGAGAAACCCUACAAAUGUGAUGUUUGUGAAGAAAAGUUUGCUAAAUGUUCUGCAUUAAAUAAACAUAGGAAAAGGUUACACAAAUAAUUCAUAUUGAAUGUUAAUUAUAAUUUCAUAUUUUAUAAAUAGACUCUAUUUCAAAACUAAAUAUUAACAAUCAUUAGUUUAUAGAUAUUAUUUAAUAAUGAACUUAAUAACAAAUAUUAUACUUACACGAAUGAUUGAAAUAAUUAUUUCUAUUAAUUAUCCUAUUUGAAAUAAAUAUAAAAAUAUCUAAGAUUUUUUAUUUUUAAAUAACUUAAGUAAAUGUUACAUUGGCAUGUCAGAAUAACAAGUAGCUAAAUUAUUAAUUAUUUUAAUAUUUAAAUCGUUAAUAGAUUAGUACAACUAAAAAUUUUGCAAUUAAUAUAAUAAUUCUUCAAAUUGAUUAUAAUAAGUAGUUUUAAUAAUUAUUUAUUUUUUUACCUAUAUUUAUAAACCACCCUGGUCUUUGAUUUUUGGAAAUUUGACUGUUUUUAUGCAUUCAAUUCAAUACCAAAACAUAAUUGCUAUUGGUUUUUUAAGUAAUUAAUUGAAUUUUAUAACAUAUAAAUUGAAAAAAAAAUUAACUUCUUGGCAUUAUAAUUAAUAUUAUCUAAAGCUCAUGAUCAAAUUCUAAUUUUUAUAUUAAUCUACACAUUAACUACUAAGAAAUUUGUGUACAUUCUAUGUGACUUUGUAAAUCUACAAUAAUGUUGUGCUCUAAUAUAUAUAUACAUGUAAGUGUGGUUUAAUUUAAUUAAUUAGUUAUAUGUAUUACUAGAUAUCAGGACAUUAUAUGGUUUACUUUAGUCAUACUAAGUACAUAAAUGGUAAAUAAGUAUUCAUGUUUGUUUUUUUAAUUAAUGUAUUUAAAUUAGAAAUUUAGUUUUUUUAAGUAGUAGGGUAUGAGUUUGCCUAGAACAAAAAAUGUUCUUUUAUUACUAUGUAUACUUAUGAUAAAUUUUCACGUAGUUGGAAUGUCUCAGAAAUAGUUCAAACAAAUUUUAUAAAUGCAUAAAAUGUCCAAAUCUUAUUUAUCACUAUUUUCCAAAAUUUUCAGUUUUCAUUAAAGAAUUAUCUGGUUCAAUUUAUAUCAGUUAAUUCUCUAAAUUUUUAUUAUUUAAUCAAACUACCAAGAAGUUCAUUAAUAGUUUCAUAAUUGUAAAAUUCACACAAAUUUUAUAAAUUUGCUACAUU